AUGGAGCUGCAUCUGUUUGUCCUGCUGCUUCUUUAUGCAGCAAACAGAACAAAUGGAGGGAAUAUUUUGGUGUGGUAUACCGAUGGAAGUAACUGGAUUAAUAUGAAGCCGAUUCUGGAGACACUGGUCGCUAGAGGACAUCAGGUGACAGUUUUAGCAACAAACGCAUCUACGUUCAUGAAGAGCACUGAACCCUCUGGAUUCCAGUACGAACACUUUAACAUCUCUGUCUCAAUGGAAUGGAAACGGAAGCUUAAUGAGGAGUUCCUUCAGUUCUCCAUGUACGAUGUGGAUCACAUGAGCUACUAUCAGAUUUACAACAGAUUUGUCAGUUUUAUGAGGACUAACAUGAGUUUUUUCCUGAAAUUCUUGGAUGGAGUGGUAAAAUCAGAGCACAUGAUGGAGAAGCUGAAGAAGGGAAAGUACGACCUCCUUUUUGCUGAUCCAAUCUACCCUGGCAGUGACCUCAUUGCUGAUAUUUUGGGGAUCCCUCUUGUUUUUUCUUUGCGGUUUUCCUUAGCUCAUAACUGGGAAAGGAUGUGUGGUCAGCUACCUGCUCCACCUUCUUUUGUCCCUGGAGCUCUGAGCAAACUCACAGACAAGAUGGACUUUUCAGAGAGAUUGUGGAACGUUCUCUUCUACACUCUGCAGGAUAUCAUUGUACAUAACUUUAUGUGGAAAGAACUGGAUAAAUACUAUUCCAGCAUCAAAGGUACACCUGUCAGUGCCUGUAAGAUUAUGGGUAAGACAGCCAUCUGGCUUCUGAGAACCUACUGGGAUUUUGAUUUUCCUCGUCCAUUUCUCCCCAACUUUAAAUUUGUCGGAGGGAUGCACUGCAGACCAGCUAAACCUUUGCCAAAGGAUAUGGAAAGAUUCGUCCAAAGCUCUGGAGAUGCUGGGAUCGUGGUCUUUUCAUUAGGAUCUAAGGUCAAGAACCUGACCACAGAAAUGACGACCAUGAUAGCGUCGGCCCUCGCUCACAUUCCCCAAAAGGUGGUGUGGCGAUACAGUGGAGAGAAACCGAAAACUCUGGGUUCAAACACAAGAAUUUACGACUGGAUUCCACAAAAUGACCUGCUAGGUCAUCCAAAAACAAAAGCUUUCGUUACUCAUGGCGGAACAAACGGGAUAUAUGAGGCCAUCUACCACGGCGUUCCCAUGGUGGGGAUCCCGUUGUUUGGUGACCAGCCAGACAACAUGGUGCACAUGGAGGCUAAAGGAGCUGCAGUUACAGUAAAACUAAACAAAAUAACAGCCGAGAGCCUGAGAGAUGCUGUCAGUACUGUCAUCAAUGAUGUAUCCUUCAAAGAAAACAUGAGGCGACUGUCAAAAAUCCACCAUGAUAGACCCAUUAAUCCUCUGGACGAGGCGGUUUUCUGGAUCGAAUACACAGUGAGAAACAAAGGAGCAAAGCAGCUGAGGGCCCAGGCCCAUGAGCUCACUUGGUUCCAGUAUCACAGCCUGGAUGUUCUAACAUUCCUCCUCUCUGUGGUUCUGCUCCUCGUCUUCAUAUUCAUUGGGAGCUGCAGCUUGUGUUUUCAAGGAUGCAGCAAAAAGACAAAGAAAAAGGCUGAGUAA